UGUACUUGGUUCAUUUCUUCCCUUGCUUAGGAUCGGACACAUCCGCGCCUCCUAGCCGAAUAAUCUCAGGGACUAAUCAAUGAUCAACUACUCUUCGUCCUACAUGGUCUUGCUGCAGAUGCCACUGUUCAACGCAGACAAGAUGCUCCUACAUCAAGUGUACAAAAUGCGCAAUCCAUGAUGCAGGCGGCCGCUUCUCUCUCAACAACAACAGGCUCUUCUGCUACUACAGAUUGGUCAGAUGUCUCUGUGACGGCGUCGACAACGAUGAUAGAUAUCCAUACCGUGUUCUCAAAUCCUCAACCCACCUUGGAACCUACGCCGAAUACAAUCAAUGCCUAUAAUAUUAUUGGUAUUAAGAACCAGUGUCUUCACCUCUUCUUAUCUGCUGCUUCUCUUUCAAGCCUGUCGGUAAUUGCCUUGAUAGAAUAUUUCAUGGCUCCUCCGGUACCGAACGCAAUACAAGGAGCAUACUUUGUAGCCGCUUUUCUAACUGGCCUUAUUUUCGGGGCAAUGUCUCUGAUCUUCAAGGAACUCACCGAGGGACGUGUGAAGAGAGGUGGUCUUGUGGCCAGCCCGGAAACCAGAGGUGCUUUUAUUGGUGCUUUCUGUGCAGCGUUCUAUGCUCUAUCGUUCAGUCCUUAUACUCGGCCAUAUGGACUGAUAUUGUCUACUGCAUUUGCCGGUAGCACAAUAGCCGUGUUAGGAAUUGACUGCUUCAGUCGAGCGGGAUGGAAGGAGUUCUGGCUAUAUAUCUGGGGGUUAAAUGACAAUCUAUUCCCGCUCAGCACAUCUACUUAUCCCGUCACUCGAGGAUUCCGCGUUGAGCUGGCUGUUACUGUUGUGGUUUGUUUACUCGGAUUACUGUCACAGUUCAGGCUCUGGAAAGUUAUCGGAGAGAGACGAAAGAAGCAAGAAGAGUCUUCGGCUGAAGAAAGGAGGAUAAAAGAUGAGGCCGAAGUUGAAGUGGGCCGGGCGCUCCAAGAGAAGAAAGAGAAUGAUUUAGUGCGAUGGGAGCCAAUAUAUGGCCACAAGGGCAAUUGCACAACGAGUCAAACACCGGGCUCAGAGGCCAAGACGUAUCCAACGCCCGUAGAACCGGUUGAAGCUCCUGAUAACGCGAUGGAAAUGGCAGAUCUUACCACUUCAUCUCAUAACACCAACGACGAAGAUAUUAUCGAAGAGAAAAGUCCGGAGAAUGAUAGGCAUGAUGUCGAACGUGAGACUGCCAACGAACAAGAUCGAAUUGCAGAAUCACAUGAUGUGGACGAAGAGUAUGUUAAUGCGAAUGAUGAAUCCAAUUCGAUAAAUGAACAGAAAGCAGCAGUCUCGUCAACGCCGUCUCCAUCUGUGACGCCCUGUCCUUUCAGAGUACCCCAGCCUGAAAAUAACCGAGCUAUUGGUUAUGGCGAUGGACAAUCCAUUCAGGUUAUUAUCGAUGAUAUAGACACUGCUUCCGUCGGCACAUCCAAAAGGUUAUCAGCCGCGUCUCUGUUCAGACGCUUAGCACAUCGAAAGAGCGUGAUCAGGAGAAGAAGUCGAUUACAAUCAAAGUCAGAUGAGAUACUCGUUCCUAUUCAUCCGGCAAGCUCAACAUACUCAGAUAAAGGAAUCGAAGAUAGUGAUGCUGGUUCAGACCAUGAAGAUGCUCCAAGUAUAGAUAUCGACAAUGUGAAUCCUCCCCGAUCUGACUCGGUAGCCGACGAAGGUGAUGAUAAAACAUUGCAAGAGGGUGCUAGCUCUGACACAGCUGUCCUCAGUCCAACGCCGCCCGACCCCGGGGAAACCGAAAUAUCACGGAAUGUCAAAUCUAGUGCAUCCCAGGGGGCACGACUCGAAGCCCAAGAAGAAAAAGUUCCUUUAAUGAAAGACAAGACAUCGACUGAGAGUAGGCUAGUGGACGCCGGCUUGGGGAUAAGUACCGACAAACGUCGACAUACUGUUGACGGUGCCACGACUAUCUUUUCAAUCGCGAAAGCUCCAUCUCCAUCUUUAGUUCAUGGGAAUCCCUCCAAGCCUACACAAACGAAUACAAUCAAAGAAGCAAAAGCCAAGAAAUCCAUUACUCCUUUGUCAAUUCCGAAAUCGAAAUCUAGUUCUGCUAAAAACGAGAGUCUCACAUCAGAUGUCGUCAAAAGAAUUCCUAGUCAUGUUUCUUCCAUUGUCAUGUCUUACCGUACCAACGAAUGGGCGAAACGUCUGUCUCAUGCUGACGCCCCUGAACCCGAGCCACUUGAAAAUCUCACGGUUGACACGGAGCGUCCAAUCUCGCCGGAUCUCAUAGAAUUAGCUGCUCCAUUAAACGUGGAUGAAUUAAAGCAAACCGCGCUGACUGUUUCUCCACCACCUAUGAACGAGAAACGAAAAUCACUUUUUCCGGAGAGAGUCAUAGAUGCCACUGUUCAACAAUCAACAUCAAGCACCUCGCGACGAGAGUCUGGUGAUGCUAGUCCAAGGGAUCUAGUUUUCGAGCACCCAGAAAAUGCGAAAACAUCGCUUACCCCUACCUUCCGGAAGUGCUCCCACCAAGUUCAACCCUCACUCUGCCUGUUUCCAUUGCUGAGUGCAGCUGUGGCAACGCAAGGUAUCACACAUAAUUCGGCUCGGAAAUCUACUCAAGGUCAAGGUGCGGAGGAAGAGUCGCAAUUUCUGAUGGCCCAACGGGAGAGGCUGAUUCAAGCGCGCCUUUCAUCAGUCUCACUAACGCACGACUCCUUGGCCACAAGGAACAAAUUGAGACAUUCGCUAGAAGGAAUGUAUCAGUCACGCCCUGGAAGUCAAUUGAGCAUGGUUGGUGAUAUGCCUUUAGCACAGAGACGGUCCCUAUUGCAGCAAAGAGUCGUGUCGCCUAUUCUGGCCCUGGAUAUAGACGCACCAAGAUCCCCAGUCGAUAAGACUCCUCCGAUUGGCGCUCGAAUCUCGCGAGAGUCCAGCAAGUCCAAAGUAUCGGCCAUGGUCGCAUGGCGCGAAUCGCUUCAAGAAGACUUUUCCAAGUACAAGCCAUUGGUAGAUGUCGACAUUGCUCAGAACGAGUUGAUGGAACAACAACGAAAGGCGCAACUGGCGAGGAACCAACGCCUACAAGUGUCUGAAAAUCUGCAUAACUCGAUUGCUGAGCGUAUGCGACGGGGUGAUAUGCAGGAUCUGCAUCGUGAAGCGAUGCGACGGAUGCAAGCUGCAGCUAACCGCAAAGUGACGAACGGUCCGCGAUAA